UUGAUGGUAUACACGUGAUGGACUCUGUGUCUUUGUUCACGAGAACUUAGCCACGUGCAACAAAUAAGCCUAGUAAAAGAAAAAACGAAACGAGUAUCUUCCUUGGCCUCUCUUUUUUUUUACCAUCAGGUUCAUCACGUUGUUCCCCUGGCAGUACUCCAGUUCCGAAUACCGACCCGAAUAGAAUCCGCUAAGCGCUUCUUGGCGCUAUCGAACUAUCUCCGACAGUUGAUGCCAACUAAUCUUCCUAAGAACAACCAACUCUACCGAGUCGAGCACCAAAAGAUCGAGGAAGAUGGUCGAUUUGAACGUUUCUUGGGGCACAAUCAAGAGCCUCGCGCUCAUCUUCGCCCCGAUUGUCCUCCCACGAAUCCUCAACUUCGUUCGCUAUAUCAAAGUCGCUCUAACGCAGCGGCCAAAUCCUCGACCUCUCACUCUCGCUCCUUCUCGGGCUCUCAACAUUCUCUUUUUCUCGAUCCUUGUCUUCCUCUUCCUUACCCACCCUUCAAGCCCGCUCGCCCCGAGCCCGAGUAUUUUCUCUCUUACGCGCUCCCGAAUUAAUACGCCAGUAGACGCAGUAUUUUCAAGGCUGGCGCGUCUGCGGGAUGGCGGUGUCCUUACGGAGGCGGACAAGCUGCUCAGGUCGAAGCUUGUAUCGAAGGAGGCGCGGAAGAUCUAUUUACGAUACGGCGAGAAAGCACUGACGCAGUGCCAAUUCUGCAAGCUCGACAACCCAAACACCUACGCCCUAUUCUAUUAUCCGCUCAACUCGAUGGUCCUGCACCUCGUCCACAUGGCCGUUGUAGGGAUUGCAACCUCCGCUUCGUUCGCCGGAAGAGACGCAUCUAGGUGGCGCACGAAGUUUACAAUUGCGGGAUUGUUCCUGGCCAUUGCUGAUCUCUAUGUUGUGUUCAUGUAUGACCCCAUCAAAUCCGGCCCUCAAGCCGUGCGGGAUGGAAUCGCGGUUCCGCCCGCUGUCUUUCAGAAGAUGGCUGUGUUGCGGCCGCUGGCGCUUGCCUGCUUUGAUGUUGUCCUGGCGGGUUUCAUCUACGUAACUGCUACAAAUCGAUGGUUCUUUACGCCGCCGAGCCAGGCGGAUGAGGUGGAUAAGAUUGUGUCGGCGUCUUUGGCAUCGCUCACCGGGACAAGCACGAAGUUACAUGUUGCGAGUGUGACAAAGAAUGCGGUGGUUCGAGAUAGAGUGCUGAAGGACCGCGAUGAUUCAUACUGGCAGACGGUAGUUGCGAACGGAGAAGGUGCCCCGGGAGCACCAUCGGGAGUAUGGGAGGAAGAAGAGGUGGUGCGGGCAAUGUCUCGGGCGAUGGCGGGACAGGGAGGAGUUGAUCUGGCCAAGCUGGGAGUCAGUGCAGCGGAGUACGUGAAUGGAGCGACAGCGGGGUUGGAACGGGAGAGCUCAUAGACUACUAGACAGAUAGAACAUGCGAUUUUUUAGGGUACACAUGAGAUAUCCAGCAAGGGUCAGACGACUGAAGAUCGUACAUUAGCUUCCGGACGAAAGGCGUCGUCAUGGCCUCUAGCGAGGGCUUGUGAAGCGGGACAGGAAUGCCAUU